AUGGCUUGUGGGGAGAACCCCAAGGGCAUCUAUAAGAACACCCGGAUGGGUCUAGUGUGGCUUUUGCGCAAGCAUCUCGCGGAGGCACGAGAGCUGCAAGAGCGCCAAUCUGCCUGGUGUCGGACGGCUGCUGGUAUUGACAAUACUCCCUUUUCCCAGUCUCGACAAAUUUCACAGUUCUUAAAAGACGAAGGGAGACGACCGGAGUCCUUUGAACUUGAAACUUCUCUUGCACUUCUCCGAGGCGAGCUCAAUGUCAAUGUGCACUGCUACGAGCCGGAGGAUCUUGAGCGCAUGUUAUCAGUGCUUCACGAAUUUGGCAUCCAUCCCAAUGCUUUCCACCAUGCGCUAGAAGCGUGGGAAGUGCCUGAAUUGUUAAAAUCCCUAGAGGAAAACAUCACUAUUGCCACUUUUGCAGAGAAUGCGCUUUACAAAGCAGAGGCAUAUGGGGCAAAUUUACGGGGGCCUAAAAUUUUGUCCGAUCAUGGUGUCCAAGUUGCACUGAAGUCGGAUCAUACUGGCGAGGGCAACUAUGCAAAGUACCUUGUUUACCAGGCCGCAGUUUCUCACUCGUUCGGUUUGUCUGAAGAAAAGUCUCUUCAAGCCGUGACAUCUGUCCCUGCUAGAUCCAUCCAACAAGAUCAUAGAAUUGGAUAUGUCCGUCCAGGAUACGAUGCAGACAUCGUGAUUUGGGAUGAUCACCCGCUCCAAGUUGGUGCAACUCCAACUCAGGUAUUUAUUGAUGGCCGGCCUGUCCUGAAGAAUAAUGAUAAUACUCACGAAUGGACUACUGGAAAAUCUGGCUCUGGAAAACCUGAGGCUCCUCAAAUCCGACCAUCUCUUGAAAUAGGUCAGAAAGAAGAUAUAUGCACCAAAGUCCAGCAGGUUGGUUCACGGAUCCUGUUUACUGGCAUUCAGAAGCUCUUGGUUGAUACACACGGCCCAUCUACGAGUGCCACUAAUGACCUCGUUAUGCUGGUUGAGGAUGGUCAAGUGAAGUGCCUUGAUAAGAGAUCCUCAUGUCUCUCCAGUGAGAUUCAGGAAAAUACCCAACAUAUCGCUUUGAAGAACGGUCACGUCCUGCCUGGCCUCGUAGCCUUCGGCAACAAACUCGGAAUCCAGUCCAUCCGGUCUGAACCCACAACUGGAGAUGGCUGGGGUUCGAAAAACGGGGAUGCACUGAACGAAAAGAAGUCACUCCACUUCGCCAAGUACGGCGUGCAUCUUGAUGGCAGAGGACUCGCGAGGGCCAGGAUUGGAGGAGUCACGCGAGCCGUCACUGCACCUCUUCAUGGUGGCGGUGUUGUUCAAGGUGUCAGUGUUGGAUUGCGCACGAGCGCAAAUGCCACGAUUCUUGAUAAUGGUAUCUGGAAGGAUGAUGUGGCACUCCAUCUCGUGAUAGGUCAGGCUGCUAAAAGUGAUGAUACACCAACCGUCUCUUCUGGCAUUGAGAGACUACGUCAGUUGCUUCAGGCGGGCGAAGAUGCCGCACCCGGGAGCCUCGACAUUUAUGCUAGGGCUGCGAACGGCUUACUCCCUGUGGUUGUACAGGCAUUUAAUGAGGAUGACAUUGCGCAAUUGAUCCUGGUGAAGCGUGAGUUCCGAUCAGUGAACCUGAUCAUACACGGCGGCCACGGCGCUCCAUUGGUUGCCAAGCCUCUCGCCGAAGCAGGAAUUCCUGUCAUCCUCACUGGUAACCGGGGUGCCCCUGAUACAUGGGAGAAGAAGAAUGCCCUCACAGGGCCCCCACUUACAGAGAGCCCUGCUAAGAUCUUAUCCGACGCCGGUGUUUUGCUUGGCCUGGCUGCGAAAAGUGAUUCAAAUAUUCAUGGUCUAGCACAAGAAGCUUGGUGGGCUGGCAAGUAUGCCGGUCUAAGUGAUCAGCAGGCCAUUGCCCUUGUUUCGACCAAUUUUGAUCUUAUCCUUGGAGGUCAGUCGAAGAAGGUCGAAGAGGGAGAAUUGGCCGGGGACUUUGUCGUCUGGGAAGGUGAUCCCCUGAGAGGAGAAGGUUCUGUUGUUGCUUCUUUCCAAGAUGACGGGAAGAUUGCCGAUUGCUGGCCUGAUACCGUUGAUGCUAUUUUAUGA